GAGUCUCUCGGGAGGCUGGAUUAGCCACAAGUUGUGGUGAACCAGGGUAAAAUCGGUGUGCCUCUUUCUUUUCUCUUUACUUCUCGCUUAUUCAUUUUUAUUCGUGCGAUUUCUUGAUCAAACGCUAUUCACCCCCCCUCUAGCGUUGGUCUAUUAUUCUAACAAUUGGUAUCAGAGCCUAACUCGCGUCCAAACUUAACCGUUUGAGAGUAAAGAGAUCAUGGGCUCUUCUUCUAGAAAUCUCUAUGCAGGAAUUGGAGAAGGACAAUCAACCUCUAGGCCACCACUCUUUGAUGGUACCAACUACUCUUAUUGGAAGGAACGGAUGAGAAUCUAUAUUCGUUCCACCAACUUCCAAUUGUGGUUGGUGAUAAAAAAUGGCGAAGAAAUCCCUAUGAAGAAAGUGGGAGAAACCACGGUCCCAAAGACCGAAGACGAAUUUGAUGCCGAGGACAUCAAGAAGAUUGAAAACUAUGCAAAGGCCAUCAAUAUGCUAUAUUGCGCGGUCAACCCCGAUGACUACCGAAAGAUCUCCUGUUGCUCAACCGCCAAGGAGAUGUGGGACAAGCUUGAAGUGACGUACGAAGGUACCGAUCAAGUUCGCGAAGCCAAGAUCGACUUUCUCACCCAAGAGUAUGAAAUGUUCCGGAUGAAAGAAGGUGAGAAAAUUGAUAACAUGUUCGACCGGUUCUCAAAGAUAAUCAACGAUCUUCAUGCCCUCAAAAAGACCUACACCAACAAGGAUCUUGUGAGGAAAAUCCUGCGGAGUCUCACACCCGAAUGGAGGUCAAAAGCCGAUGCAAUCUACGAAUCCAUCGGAGUCUCCAAUGUCACCAUCGACGGGCUAAGAGGUAAUCUUAAAACCUAUGAAUCUACUAUUCUAACCCCGUCUUUGGAUGAACAAAAUAAAAAGGGGAUAGCUCUCAAAGCCACCAAGGAGCCGGUGGAAGAGGCUUCAAGCGAUGACGACAAUGAAUUCGGGCUCGUCAUCAAGAAGUUUCACAAGUUCAUGAAGAAGGAAUUUGAGCGGAAGGGAAGGAAGCACGACGGUCCUCCUAAGUGCUACGGCUGUGGCGAGAUUGGCCACAUCAAGCCAAGGUGUCCAAAUACCAAACACGGCAAGGACAAGUCUGGCUUCAAGAAGCAAAGGGCCUACAUCUCUUGGGGUGGCGAUUCUGGCGACGAAUCAACCGACCAAGAGGAGGACGAAGCUGCAAAUCUCUGCCUCAUGGCACACGAAGAUCAAAGCAACGACGUCCAAGAGGUAUGUAACAUUUCUUCCGACUCUUAUACUUUUGAAGAAAUGCAAGAAGCACUUCAUGAACUCUAUGAGGAAUUUGUUAGCGCUUCUAAAACAAAUAAAUCUUUGAAGAAACGACUUUCUUUACUUGAAAACGAUUUUGAAAGAUUGGAAAAAGAAAAUGAAACACUUAAACAAGAAAACAAGUUUUUCGGAAAAAGAAGCGCUGACAAACCAGAAAGCUCAUCAAGUGAAUGUGGGUCUUGCAAAGCUUUAAAAGAGCAAGUCGCUAAACUUGAGAGCACGGUCAAGAAAUUUAAUACUCCUCAUAAAGACUUAAAUUUACUUCUUGACACUAUGCAUUUUUCUAAGGAAGGAAUAGACAAGAACAGGGCAGGCACCUCCGGAAAAUACAAGUCCAAAUCCCGGGCUCCAUCCACGACCUCCGAGGAACGCCUCUACUACGGCAAUGGAUCGUACCUCUGGUUCGAUUCCGAGGAGGAGCGCACCCGAUUUCUCACCUUUUUCUCCAAACGGGUUGUGGCUCCCCCACGAAUCAUCCCAGAGCGCUACCCGGAAUUGCAGGGCUACGACGACCUCGACGCGCAGCUUCAUCAAGCCGGCCUUUGGCCGUUCAUCUCCCGGGCGCGCAAAGAGAUCAACCCGGCGCUGAUCUGGGCCUUCUACUCCAACCUCCGGCGUGAGGACGACGUGCUCUACUCGCUCGUCAAGAGCACGCCGAUCGAGCUCACCGUGGAGCAGCUUGGGCGCAUCGCCGGCCUCCCCUUCCAAGGCGACGAUGUGUCUCACUAUGGUGGCGAGGAUUGGGUGCUCAAUAAUGAGGGCCUUAUCCUCAACGAGCUUGGCAUCACCGAGCUCAAACGCCAUGCCUCGGGACGCCCAACCAUCCACUCCGCCAACCCUGACGGCCGCCUCGUUCUCUACAUCGUCACCCGAAUCAUCAAACCGAGGAAGCACUGUUAGAAUAAGUGACCAACGCUAGAGGGGGGUGAAUAGCGUUUGAUCGCAGAAAUCGCAGGAAUAAAAAAAUUAAGAACGUGAAAAGUAAAGAGCGUAGAAAGCG